AUGGCACUCAUUAAUGCGUUGACGAAUGCGUUGGUCAAGCGAGAAGCGAAAUCUGCCCGCCGCAAGCUGACUAUCUUGCCACAAACCGCGGUAGAUUUCUCUUCUAAUGAUUUCCUUUCUCUUUCUACAGCUCCGGCCUACCGGAAGCGAUACCUUGCGCAUCUGAACAAUGCCCCAGAAUUCUAUCCGUUUGCCAGCGGUGGAUCACGUCUAUUAGACGGGCAUUCCACCUAUGCAGAAGAUCUGGAGCACUUUGUUGCGGAUUUUCAUGAAGCACCCACUGCGCUGCUAUUCAACUCAGGCUACGAUGCCAAUGUGGGGGUUCUGUCUAGUAUUCCUCAGCCAGGUGACCUGAUUCUUUAUGAUGAGCUCAUCCAUGCAAGUGCCCACGAGGGAAUGCGGCUCUCUCGGGCCGGAGCUCGUGAGAAGUUUGCUCAUAGUUCGCCAGAAAGUCUGCGAGAAGUUCUCAAUGCGCGAAUAAAGAAUGAUUCAGAGAUUCAGAACGGCACCCGAAAUGUCUUCGUGGUAAUCGAGUCCAUAUACAGCAUGGAUGGCGACAUGGCCCCUAUCAAAGAAUUCAUUCGUGUUAUCGACGAACUCCUCCCCCGUCAGAAUGGGUAUUUUAUUGUCGAUGAAGCGCAUGCCACAGGUGUCUUCGGUCCACGUGGUGCCGGCGUAGUUCAACAGCUUGGCGUUCAAGACCGCAUGUUUAUUCGAGUACAUACUUUCGGCAAAGCAUUGGCCAGUCAUGGUGCCAUGGUGCUAUGUGGCCCCGAGACGAGAGAUUACCUGAUCAACUAUGCCCGCAGCCUCAUCUAUACCACUGCUCUCGGAUUUCCCUUUCUCGCAUCAAUUCGCACCAGCUACGAGCUUCUUUCCUCGGGAGAAACUCAACCAUUACAACACCGUGUUCAGCAACUGAUCGGGUAUCUUCACCGCUGCUUGAACACUUUGGAAAUAGAUGAGUCGGUCGUUUUCGAAGUCGACCACUUUCCCACCUCGCCCAUCUUUUCAUUGCGCACAUCACACCCACGACAAUUGGCUGCUUCGUGUCAAGUCGAUGGUUUCAAUGUCCGCGCCAUUAUGCCGCCCACUGUCCCCGAAGGCAAGGAGCGAGUACGGGUAUGCCUACACGCCGGCAAUACCGAAGAUGAGGUGAACGGUUUAGUUCAAACUAUUCAGACAUGGUUAAAGAAAGGCACAACAAGCAGAGCGGCCAAGUUAUGA